GAAAGUGACGAGGACUACGGUAAUUUGAAUAAAGAAAAAUGGAAGAUUCAAGAGAACCAGGUGCUCGUGUUUAUACGUUCGUAGAUGACAACGACGAACGCAGAGAUGAAAUAUACUAUGAUAAAUGGUGGCAGAAAUUUUGUUUGCGUUUUCAUCAACCGGACUCGACACCCUCCUGGAAACCUAAGUGGUGGACGCGGUUUUUCCCGUUUCCCUUAUUCUCAACGUACAGGCAAUUAGCUCUGAAAAUUUGCUUUAUCUUAUUCUUUCUUUUAACAUGGGGAAUACUUUAUGCUGAACUUGGCGAAGCAAUAGGUCUUCAUGGCGAACUUCUCGGAAUGAGUUUAUUAGUCAUAGCAGCGUACUUAAUAGGUUGGAUUUGGCUCAAAGUCACUACGUUACCGGCCCUGAUUGGCAUGUUACUUACUGGAAUACUUUUCCAAAAUCUCGGGCUGGUAACUAUGACUGAUGAAUACAGAAAGUUAAAUCAAGAUCUAAGAAAGUUAGCACUGGUAAUUAUUCUUACAAGGGCGGGUCUAGGAUUAGAUGCUAAAGUGUUAAAAAAACAUUAUGCUGCGGUAUUACAGCUCGGCUUAUUGCCGUGGCUGGUUGAAUGCAUAGCUAUAGCCGUAACAACACAUUAUCUACUACAUUUACCUUGGAUAUGGGCUUUCCUAUUAGGUUCUAUGAUAGCUUCAGUGUCCCCAGCUGUGGUUGUACCUUGUUUGUUUAGAUUACGCGACAUAGGUUACGGUGAAUCCAAAGGAAUACCGACUAUGGUAGUAGCUGCGGCAGCAAUCGAUGACUCCGUGAGCGUGGCUGUAUUUGCUAUAAUAUUGAAUGCAAUGUUUUCAUCGGGGUCAGUAACUUGGAAUAUAAUUAAGGGUCCACUGUCUAUCAUAGCUGGAGUUGCAUUAGGGUCGCUAUGGGGGGCACUGAUCUCGUUCAUACCAGAGAGUGGGGACACUCACGUUGUACCUUUGAGAUUUCUACUUUUAUUUUUAGGGGGAUUAUUCUCAUUGUUUAUAUCAAGUAUGAUCGAAUGGAGUGGAGCAGGUCCAUUAGCAAUAGUUUCAUCUGGGUUUGUGGCCGCAUAUUACUGGAAGAAACAAGGUUGGGUAGUCAAUAAAAAUCCAGUUAGUGAUUUAUUCAGGAUAUUGUGGAUAUUUUUCGAACCAAUUUUAUUUGCCUUUACUGGAGCUCAAGUCACAAUAAGCACUUUAGAUCCUGUUGUGAUUAAGAUGGGAGCGGUAUGCCUUAUAUCGUGCUUGCUAAUUCGCGCCGUUGCCACUUUUCUUGUCAGCUUCGGCUGUGGUCUUAAUUAUAAAGAAAAACUGUUUAUUGGUUUAACUUGGAUGGCUAAAGCUACAGUGCAGGCCGCAUUGGGUCCAGCCGCGUUGGAUUUGGUUCACAGAAGUCAAACAACUGGUGAAAGUAAUAAGCAAGAGGCUUACGCUGAAACGCUUCUCGCAGUCAGUGUGCUGAGCGUGAUGUUGUCAGCGCCGUUAGGAGCACUACUUAUCGCCGUAACUGGACCGAAACUACUGACUCGUGAUAACGGUGAUAAUAAAGUACAAAGUGAAGUAGAAUCAAUGAAACCAGUGGCUCACAAUUCAUCUCAGCUCUGAAAGAAAAAUGCGAACUGCAUACUAAAUGACACAGUUUAAAUAUAUAUGUUCCGA